AUGAAGAAAAAUGAUAAUGAUGGUAAUAAUGGCGAUGCUGGAGCUAAUGGGAGUGGUUCUGGCAAUGGGGGAGAUGACGAAAAGGAGGAGGAGAGGAGAGAAGAGGAAAGGAGAGAGGAAGAAAGAAAAGAGGAGGAACGAAAGGAGGAAGAGAGGAAAGAAGAGGAGAGGUUAGAAGAGGAAAAGAAAGAAGAAGAGAGGAGAGAGCAGGAGAGAGAGGAAGCAAAGAAGAUUGCUGAGCGGGCUACAGAAAACAUACCGGACAGCUACACUAUAACGGCUAAGAAAGAGAAGAAGAAGAAAAAGGGAAGAAGUGCCGAGCCGGAACCAGACGCUCUUCCACCUCCGCCCCCUCCCGCUCCCGAGAUAAAGAUUGCCGAAACAUUUGACGACAUCAAAUUGGAUGAUAAGCCAAAGCCUGACCUGAAUGUAGAAUCUGGUGGAAGUACUGCAAGCCCAAAAUUACCCGGUGUUCUAGGUGGUUGGGGCAGUAGUUGGAUUACUGGAGUGUCUAAAUGGGGAAUUGGAAGCGCAACAAGCGCAAGGACACCAUCUCCAGUGAACAAGGCCACCGAGGAUGCCAACAAUCCUUGGAGUAAUGAACGUGGUAAGCCUGAAAAUCAAGGCCUGGGAUUUACAUUCGGUGCCCUUGGCCAGGAGGAAACUAAACGCAGCUUAACAGAUUCCCGGAAAAUCGAAAAAAAGCCCGAGCCAAAGCCCGAACCAAAACCCGAUCCUAUACCAGAAGAAGAUCUUGGGUUUAAUAUUGGCCUUUCCAAGAAAGAAGAGAGGAAGAAGAAAAGUAGAGGUACCGUAGCUUCAGCGAUAGACAAGUUUGAAGUGGCCCCAAAAGAAGAACCCAAAGUGGAGCCUCCGAAACCCAUCAAUAUUCCUAUUUCGGACGACGCUGCUUGGGGUGCUUGGGGUGCUACAAGCAAAAAGAUGAAAGGUAAAGCAGCCAAUGAAACCCCCAAACCCAAUGAAACCCCCAAAAUGGAAGCCGUAGUCGAGCCUGUUGUGGAGCCUGUCGUAGAAUCUCCUGUAGAAGAGAAAUCAUCUACUCCUCCUCCUCCUGAGCCUGCCCUUGUGGAAGAAGCCUCGAACUUUGGAACGAUAUCCAAGAAGACCAAAAAGAAAAAGGGAAAGCUUGCUGAAACAUCAAAACCAGAAGACUCACCUCCACCGGAUCCUAUACCCGAGCCCGAAAAAGACCUAGAGCCUGAUCCUGUUCGCGAAUGGGCGAAAGAGGAAGAACCAAUUUCUGCUUGGGGAAAUACCAAAUCGGGUAAGAAAAAAAAGGGGAAGAAUGCAAUUAUUGACGAACUGCCAAAAGUAGAAGAACCACCGCCAGUCAUUGAACCACCGGAGCCCGAACCUGCAAUUGAGGACAAUAAAGAAGAAGAAGAAGAAAAAGAAGAGGAGGGUGGCUGGGGAUGGGGACUUACUAAAAAGGAAAAGAAAAAGAAGAAGAAAAUUACAGAAGAGCCACUUCCUGCGCCAGAGCCCGAAAGAGAACCCACACCCGAACCCGAACCUGCACCGGAACCGGUAAUCGAACCACCACAACCCGAACCGGUCUGGGGAGCCAAGUUGUCCAAAAAAGAAAAAAAGAAGAAAGGUAAGAACGCUGUUGUGGAACCUGAAAUUGUGAGGGCACCGACACCGCCGCCACCUGAACCCGAACCAGAGUUAGAACAAGAUGAGCCUGCAGAGGAAACUCAAGCAUGGGACUCAUGGGGACUUAGUAGUUCUACAAAGGACAAGAAAAAGAAAUCCAAGGAGGAAAAUUUGCCAACUGCUCCAGCGAAUGGUGGCUUUGAUUGGGGAUUUGAUAACAAACAGAAAGAUGAAGAGCCACUUGAAGAAGAAUUCCAUGAUCCAGAUCCCGAACCGGCCCCGAAAUCUGUUGAAUCUGUAGGUAUUUGGGGUGCUCUUACCUCGAGCAAAAAGAAAGAUAAAACAUCGGGCAAAGAGAAGGACAGGAUCUCUAGCAAGGACAAAGAUAGGAAGAAGAGCAAAAAGAGCGCUGAGGAACCCAGAAUCAUCGAUGACUACGACGAGCCUAUACCUGCACCGGCUCCCGACCCACCUCCAGCUGUUAUGGACGAUUUCAGCUGGGGAUUUGCUUCUACUUCCAAGAGGGACAAAAAGAAGGGGAGCAAAAACAAGGAACCUUCGCCCGAGCCUGAGAGUAAGCCAAUAUAUGAAGCCAUAGAACCUGCAAAUAAUGAUGAUGAUUGGAUGAAUUGGGGACAAAACACAAAGAGCAAAGAAGAAUCUCUACUCCCUGUUGAUGAGUUUGAAGAGCCCAUGUCACCUCCACCGGUACCAGACGCCCCACCAGCUGUUGAUGAUUUCAUGGGAUGGGGCUCUUCUUCGAAAGACAAGAAGAAGAAAAAGAACCUUAUUGAAGAACCUCCCAAAGCUGAAUCAUUCAAGGAUUCUAAAUUCGAUGACUUUUUCAGUCCGGUUUCAUCGAAACCAGCAGUCAAACUCACCAAAAAAGAACAGAAGGAUGCGGACAAAGCUAGAAGGAAAGCUGAAAAAGAAGAAGCUGAACGAAAAUUGAUUGAAGAGAAAGAGGAGGCAGCUAGAUUGAAAGCCGAGGAACAAGAAAGACUCGAAGCCGAGGAGCAAGAGAGACUUGAGCAAGAAAGACUCGAGGCCGAAGAGCGAGAAAGGGUUGAAGCGGAAGAGAAAGCGAAGGCCGAAAAAUCAGAAUCCGAAUCAGAAUCCGAAUCCGAACCAGAGCCUCCCAAAAACGAUUGGAGUUCAAUAUGGGGUCUUGCUUCAGGUAGCAAACCAGACAAAAAGACUGAGAAAAAGAGCAAGAAAAAGAACAUCCUUGAGAUUGAAGCUCCUCCUCCAGCCCCAACACCCCCAGCAGAACCUGAAACAGAUAACUUGUGGGGCUUUGGAUCUUCAUCAAAGAAAUCAAAAUCCAAGGACAAAGAAUUCCCUGCUGUCAAACUCAGCAAGAAGGAACAGAAAGAAGCUGACAAGGCGGCCGAGAAAGCUAGAAGAAAGGCUGAAAAGGAAGAGGCUGAAAGAAAAUUGAAAGAAGAGCAAGAAGAGGCAGAUAGGUUAGAAGCUGAAGAGCAAGAGAGACUUGAAGCCGAGGAGCAAGAACGAAUCGAAGCUGAAGAGCAAGAGAGACUUGAAGCCGAGGAGCAAGAACGAAUCGAAGCUGAAGAGCAAGCUAGGAUUGAAGCUAUAAGAUUAGCAGAAGAGGCUGAAGCAGCCAAACCGAAAGUUAAAUUGACAAAGAAACAACAGAGAGAGGCCGAUCGAUUAGCAAAGCUGGAAGCUGAAAAAGAACAAGCCGCAAAAGAGGCCGAGGAAGAUGCUGCUCGAGAAGCCGAGGAGGCAAGAGAGGAGGAAGAAAGAAUAAGAGAGGAGGAAGAAAGAAUAAGAGAGGAGGAAGAAAGAGUAAGAGGAGAAGAAGAAAGGGCAAAAGAAGAGGAAGAACGAAUUAUCAGAGAGGAAGAGGAAGCCGCUAGAAAAGAAAUGGAGCGUGUCAAUAGAGAGGCGGAGAAGAAAGCUCUUAGAGAAGAGGCCGAAGCUUCUAGACGGCUUAGAAAAGAAUCAAAAUCAAGUAAGGGUAAGAAGUCUAAACACAGCAAAGAACCAGAAGCUCUUCCUCCAACACCACCACCACCGCCAUCACCGCCAGUCCCAACGAAAGCUCCAACACCAGAACCAGAUGAAGACCUAGAACCAACCCAGGAAGAAGUAGAUGAAAUUCUAGCAUUAGGUAAUCGCACAACAACCGCAAAGCCAGCAUCUCAAGCUUUUAGUUUUUGGGGAGCUCCUAAAAAACCACCAGUGAUAGAGAAGCCAUCACCGAGCAAGGAUGAUAGGGAAUUUGGUAAAACUAAUCUUGCCGAGGCAUCCACUAAGAAUCUCAUGGCUUGGGGCACGGGAUCAGACGAGAUUGCGAUUGCUGACAAAGCGAUGCGCCCAGAAACCUCUUCUAAGAACAAGGACACAACAACCAAAUGGCCACCGCCAUCAAUAAAAUCAAGCUUGUUAAAGAAACCAGUUGGAGGUACCAUCGCUGAUAGGUUAAGGGCAUUUGAAGCGAAUAAACCCCCCGAGGAGCCUCAUGAAUCUGAAGAAGAAAUAGAUGAAUAUUUCCCAGCACCUUCUCCACCCCCACCUGCUGCGCCGCCCGCGCCGACCAAGGAAGAAAGGAGAAAACUAAAAUCUUCCAGAAGAGACAAGGAAAGGUUGGAAGAUCCGGAAAUUCUUCCUGGUGCAUUUCCGGAUUCUGCAAACGGCGACGAAAUCAUUGAUAUUGUCGAGAUGCCAAUUCAAAAGAAAAAUAGGCACAAAUCUAGUAAGAGCAAGGAAUCUUCUAGAGCACCUCCUGUACCCAUUGAACCACCGACACCACCUCCUGAAGUAGAACUGGAACCGGAACAAGACUCGGAUCAUAAAUCUAAGAAAGAACGUCCUCGAGUUGUUCGCGACGGAUCUUCUUGGGGAGCGUGGGGGGCAGAGCCUCGCAAGGAAGAAAGGGAGAAAAAGUCAUCUAGGGACCGUGAGCGUAGAUCCGAUGAGCCUCAAAUCACUAGAGAGGAGAGAAGGUCUACCAGGGAAUCCGACCCUCGGCACUCUAAAUCUAGAAGAUCAUCUACUAGAGAAGAGAAGACUUCUUCAUCCAAAGACUCAUCUUCGGACAAAGCAGAUAAAUCCUCCAAGGGAGAUAACAGACCACCAGUUUCUAGGGGAAUUUCAAAUAUGUUUGGGCCCGCUACUCCACUAUCGAGGUCUAAUUCAAAGUCUGAAAAGCGACCAAGUGUGAGUAGGACAAGCUCACGCCGACAAUCUGUCAACAUGGAUAGCUCCAACUACGCAACUCCAAUUCCCGAUGAUUCUCGUGAGCCUCCUCCAAUGUCCGCAAAGGCUGCAAAAAUGUUUGGUAUCGGUGUCCCUGGCAAGCUUUCAAGAAGCAAGUCCGAAAAGACCAGGCCAUCACGUGAUGAUGACGUGGUAGAUGAUGACGUGGCAGAUCCCAUUCGUCAGAGAUCUAGUCGCGAUAGAAAAGGAAAAUCAAAGGUAACUGAUGACUCAAUGUUUGAUGGGCAAGCGCUACCACCUGUACCUAUGCCUCCGCCACCCAUGGAUAUACCAAUUCGAAGGAAGACCAGGCCUACCACAGACUGGACUGCUAGUGCUAGAGCGUAUCAACAAAGAAGACAAGACGACGUCGAUAUGGAGGAGCAAGGAGGUCCAUCUGAAAUCCCAGGUACACCUGGAAUUAAACGAACUGAUUCGAGUGCUCGCAAAUCUGGAUUGGGUGGCAUGUUUGGUGGCGUCUUUGGAAAAAAAGAUAAAGAAAAGGAUAGACCAGACCUUAAACGUCGUAGUACGGCCCCAGCUGAAGAUGAGAACCGUGCAUACAGAAGGGAUGAACGAAAGACUAGACGAUUUUCUAGAGGUCCUGAGAUUGAUGUCACCAUGACAGGUGCCAUUUCCGAGGAAGACCAGGCGGCACAAAAAGCAGAUCGCCGCGCGAGGAGGGCUGAGCGCGAUGCAAAUCAAAGAGGUACGAAGGAUGUACAAACGGCAAAGGAAGAGUCAAGAAAAGAGCGCCAAAGAAGCGGAGAGGAAGAUGAACGUGAACGUGAGGCACGACACGCUGCUAAACGAGACAGACGACUUGCUGAAGCUGACAAACGUCGAGUCGAAGAGGAGCGAGAGGCCGAACGAAGAGACAGAAAAGAGAGAAAGGCUGCCCAAGCAGAUGGCGAGCCACGAGGUGAAGAUCCAUAUCGGUCCAAACGUCGACGCAGUCACAAAGAUCCCGACGAUAGUGAAGCACGUCGAAGAAGGCGGGCAGAGCGGGCAGAGCGGGAAAAAUCAUCGGAUCCUCGAAAAUCGAGACGCAAGUCUGCACCUGCUCCAGAGCCGGAAUUUCUUCCUGCAGAUGGCCCAGUCAACAGUCGUUCAAAGCCCAGGACUUCAGCUUGGCCUCAUAGUGGUACAGGUUCUUGGGUGAAAGAGAAUGCAGAUGCACCCCCUCCACCCAACGUCCCCACCGGUGAAGCAUCCCCUGUUGAUGAGACAGUUGGCGGAGAGGCUGAGAGAAGACGAAUGAGAAAGACAAGACGCGAAAAGGAGGAGAUAGAGAAGUCUACAAGAAGCCCAGAAGGCAGUCAAGAAGAUCCUCCACGAGAAAGUCGGAGAGACUCCGGUUUCGAGACGUCCCGCGCGCCGAGUGCUUCUGGUGGCCUCUCUCGUUUUCGGAAGAAAUUUGGGUUUUAA